GGAAGGUGGUAACUGGCUUGAUGACGUAUCUCCGUAUGUCUUUCCUCGGGCUAGGGCGGAGCGUCGUUUAAAGCCCGGCCCCUUUCCCCGCCUCUGUCUCCUGGCAGCGCACUGUUCCCUCCUCCUCCUCCUCUGUAUCCCGGCCGCGCGCUGUUGCUGCCGCCGCGACGGCUCUGCCUCCUCUCGAGCUCGCGCGUCUUCACAGCUGUUGCCUUUCGUUACCCCCGCACAGCUGCUGUUGUCUGCGGCGCGCGCUCUCCCCGCUGCCGCCUCAUCGCGGCGCCGGGUAACCGGUGCCUACUAUACUUUUGGGUGCUUGAAAAAUAAUGGGGAGUUGAGAAUGCUGGUUUUUAUUCCAAGCUCUGCCAGCAUCUUGCUAUCGUGACCUUGAGCUAAAAUGACUACCGUGCGAAUGCAGUAGAAUAAAUGGCGUCAAAAGUAACGGAUGCUAUAGUCUGGUACCAGAAGAAGAUUGGGGCAUAUGAUCAACAAAUAUGGGAAAAAUCUGUUGAACAAAGAGAAAUCAAGGGUCUGAGGAACAAGCCAAAGAAAACAGGACACGUGAAGCCAGACCUCAUAGAUGUUGAUCUUGUAAGAGGAUCUGCCUUUGCUAAAGCAAAACCUGAAAGUCCUUGGACCUCUCUGACCCGAAAAGGAAUUGUUCGAGUAGUUUUCUUUCCAUUCUUCUAUAGGUGGUGGUUACAAGUGACAUCAAACGUCAUAUUUUUCUGGCUGCUUGUUCUUUACCUUCUACAAGUUACCGCAAUAGUAUUAUUCUAUACAGCAGCAAGCCCACAUAACAUACCUUUGACUGAAGUAAUUGGGCCAAUAUGGCUAAUGUUGCUACUUGGAACUGUGCAUUGCCAGAUUGUUUCAACACGAACUCCUAAACCACCACCUAGCACAGGGGGUAAAAGAAGAAGGAAAUUAAGGAAAGCAGCACAUUUGGAAGUACAUAGGGAAGGAGAUGGCUCUAGUACCACAGAUAACACGCAGGAGGGAACAGUGCAGAGCUACGGUACAAGCACCUCUUACAGUAUUGGCGCCGUCUUCAGAGAUAUCUGGCAUGCUGCUUUCUUUUUAUCAGGAUCAAAGAAAGCAAAGAAUUCAAUAGAUAAAUCAACAGAGACUGAUAAUGGCUAUGUCUCCCUUGAUGGGAAAAAGACAGGUAAAAGCAGUGAAGAUGGAGUACAGACCCAUGAGCCUCACUGUAAAGUGAUUAGGCCAGAAGAGGGAGUUUGGAGCACAGGAACUGUGAGAAACACAUACAACAAUCAUAGUCCUCACAAAGAUACACACAGGACAGUAACAAAUGUAUCUGAUGAAGUUUCAAGUGAGGAGGGACCUGAAUCUGGAUAUCCCUUACGCCGUAAUGUAGAACGUGCUUCUAGUGACUGUGCUCUUCGAAGCAGGAAAUCCCACCAUUAUAAGAAACACUACCCUGUGGAGGAUACCCCUAAAUCAGGUACUAGUUGCAGUUCACGCUGUUCAAGUUCCAGACAGGAUUCUGAGAGCACAAGGCCUGAAUCGGAAACAGAAGAUGUGCUAUGGGAAGAUCUGUUGCACUGUGCAGAGUGCCGGUCUUCCUGUACCAGUGAGACAGAUGUAGAAAACCCUCAAGUUAAUCCUUGUGUGAAAAAAGAAUAUAGAGAUGACCCAUUUCACCAGAGUCAUUUGCCCUGGCUCCAUAGUUCCAAUCCAGGACUAGAAAAAGUAAGCGCUAUUGUAUGGGAGGGUAAUGAUUGCAAGAAAGCUGAUAUGUCAGUACUUGAAAUCAGCGGCAUGAUAAUGAACAGAGUGAACAGCCACAUGCCAGGAAUAGGAUACCAGAUUUUUGGAAACGUAAUCUCUUUAAUCCUGGGUUUAACUCCAUUUAUAUUUAGACUUUCCCAAGCUAAGGAUUUGGAACAGCUAGCUACACAUUCUGCUACUGAACUUUAUAUAAUUGCAUUUGGGUCAAAUGGAGACAUACUGGUUCUUUCUAUGGUUAUAAUAAGUUUUGUAGUCCGUGUGUCCCUUGUAUGGAUUUUCUUUUUUCUGCUAUGUGUAGCAGAGAGAACAUACAAACAGAGGCUUCUUUUUGCCAAACUCUUUGGUCAUUUAACAUCUGCUAGAAGGGCAAGAAAAUCAGAGAUUCCUCACUUCCGGCUGAAGAAAGUGCAAAAUAUAAAAAUAUGGCUCUCUCUCCGGUCCUAUCUGAAGCGGCGAGGUCCUCAGCGGUCAGUCGAUGUAAUAGUUUCAUCUGCCUUCUUAUUGACAAUUUCAGUUGUAUUUACCUGCUGUGCUCAGUUGCUUCAUGUACAUGAGAUCUUCCUUGAUUGUCACUACAAUUGGGAACUAGUGAUUUGGUGCAUUUCAUUAACUCUCUUUCUCCUAAGAUUUGUUACACUUGGAUCUGAAACAAGUAAAAAAUACAGCAAUACCUCAAUAUUACUUACUGAGCAGAUAAAUCUAUAUUUGAAAAUGGAAAAGAAGCCUAAUAAGAAGGAGGAGCUGACACUAGUAAACAAUGUUUUAAAACUUGCUACUAAACUCCUGAAGGAAUUGGACAGCCCCUUCAGGUUAUAUGGGCUUACAAUGAACCCACUGCUUUAUAACAUCACCCAAGUUGUCAUCCUGUCUGCUGUUUCUGGUGUUAUCAGUGACUUGCUUGGAUUUAAUCUAAAGCUCUGGAAGAUCAAAUCAUGACAAUACACAAAGAGAAGAUGUAGCACAGUAUUCUGGCAAAAUCCAUUGAUGGACUAAACUGCCUCAGAGCAGUCACUAAAUCUGUGCUUCAGAAGUUAUGGCCUCUUCAAGGAUGGAGUUUGGAAAACUGAAGUGUUUACAUCUGAUUGUCUUGUGCAAUCUUUAUAUUUAUUUUAUCAUCUCACUGUUUUUUAUGUUUUAGCUGACAUUUGUAUUUUAUUUUCAAGUAUUGGUAUGCUUAGUUAUUGAAAGGGUUAGAAAACUGAUAUCCAGAUACUUGAGAUCCUGGCAAUGGGUCACACUGAAUUAUUGUAUCUAUGGUGAAAGCUAAAUACCAAUGCUAAGCUUUUAUACUUCAUAAGUUAUGGGUAAAAACAUUAUAUUUGUAGAUUGUUUGUUGCAGUAGAAAUGAAACCUAUUUACAAAUAACUUGAAGUACUGACAAUACAGUAUGACAGGUAAUGGAAAUAUUUUAUGUUAAUGCUAGAAACAAGCUGGUUUCUUACUUUUUUGGUGAGUCCAGGAUCUAAUCUGAUUAAGCUGCAGUUUAAACACCUUUGGAUAUUAAUAAGAUAUUACAUCACAGGUCAACAAGUGCUCUUUAAUAACACUUUUAUUAGAGCAAUAAUUGUAAAUGGUUAACAUGCUGUAAGACAUUUUGAUAAAAUUAACUAUUGUAUUUAUUUGAAACACUGGGCUAUUUGCAUAGAUCCGACUGUGCAUGCUCAGUAUGUGCACUUUUUAUUGUUACUUUUAAUUAGGACCUUUAUAUAUAGUAAAGGGAAUAUAUUAUGGUGGACUGUGGAGCAAUAUAUUAUUUUUGCAAUCUGAGUAUUUGGACUUCACUUAUGAGUCAAAAAGUUGUUAAUGGAAGAUGGUAAAUUAUAUACGCUCAAGAAUAGGACAAAUACUUUCCCAUAGUACACUAUAGUAUAUGCUGUUUAUACCACACUUAACUUUAAGAACAGUUGUUCCAUUAUAUAGAAACAUUUCUUCUUUAAGUCUUAUUUGUUUGCAUGCCCACAUCUCCUGCAAUUAUAAAAAUGUAGCUUGCAAAAUCUAUCAACUAAAGCUAGUAUGCAGUGUUUGUUGUAGUUAAGGCAAUUUUAAAAACAUGCUGCUAAUGUUAGCAUCACCAAGCUCCUCCUCAAUGUUUUUAUUUAGGUUGCCAAGUCUCCAGUCUAAACCCUGAUGCUACUUAAGGAGCAUGAUUUUGAUGACAGAUUUGUUUUGGGGUUUACAUUUUAGAUUAGCUCAAUUAUUUCCUUAGAGUAUUCAUCCUUUCAGAGUUACUAGUUAGUUUGUGCUUAAACAUAACAACAUCCCACUUACAAAACUGUAUUAGGAGGGCCAAUAUCAUGUUUGAGUAGCCUUAAACAUUUUACUUUUAGGGGAAUAUAUUUAUGAUUAGAAUUCAAAAAAUCAUCUGCUUCAGAUUGGGAAAGGGUAGAAAAUGUAAUAGGCUAUGUGAUACAUACAUGCAUACAUAGUGUGUGUGUAUAUAUAUAUACACACACUAAAAAAAUCCAUCAUACAUGACAUAUUACUAAUCCUCAAUCAUUAAAUAGUGGAGGCAAUGUAUCUUAAACUUGUGUGGUAUAAAAAAUUUUUAUAUACAAAGCAACGCAAACAAGCAUUUUGUAUUUUAUUUGCCUAUGUACUAAUGUUUAAUAAUGACCAAAGUGCAUUCUGGUUUUUGAAGGAAUGUAUUACUGGAGCUUUAAGAACAUGUUAUACUUAGUUUCUCAUGUGAUAAAUUUGGCUGCAUCUGAUAUGUUUCUUCUUCCUCUGUUAUCUAAUGUUGGGAUUGUUUUUAGGAAUUAAGUAUAUUUUAUAAAUAGGUUCCCCCCUCCACCCCAAAAUAUGGUACAGACCUACACAAAACUUAAUUUUGCACAGAAUAUAUUUUAAAGGGAGGGGGAGGGAGAGUACAGCAAGAAUUGUGUAGGGGUAAAAGAUGAGGCUGUUGGUUUUCACAGCCUGUCAUUAUAAAAACUAAUUUUUCCAGAAUAGAAAUAUUUUUGAGAAACUUGUGUUGAAUAUACUGCUUUCAGUUUAAAAAAAAAAGUUUGGGUUGAAGAUGGAAAUUAGUUUGUAACUACAUAUACCUCAGCAACUGGUGAUAUGCUGGAUUGUUGCACUACCAGUAGGAGCGUGGGGAGAAUAAAAUGAGGGUUUGUAAAAGGAAGUGGAGGGUACUUCAGAGUAAAUGCAGACACAUGUAAAUUGCUGUCAUUAGGUAUAUCAAUAAUGCAAGAAAUAAAUGAGAGAAAUGUUCUACAUCCCUUAAUAUGAAAAAGCCAGUACAAAAAUAGAGGUAAGUAGAAAUAUGGCGGAUCUUGUGUGUUGUUUUUUGCCACAUUUUGUAACUGAAAGUAUGAUGAGCCUUGGAAUAAAGCAUUCUGUGGCCGAUGGUCUAAAACUGUG